UCAUACGAGGACAACGGACCAGCCUCUCAAAGAGGAAAUUUUUUUUUUAUUUAUGUAUAUACAUACAUAUAUAUAUUUAUAUUUAUUUAUUUAUAUAUAAAUAUUUUAGUAUAUAUAUAUAUAUUUGUCUAUGUGAAUAUACUGAUAUAUAUAUGUAGAUAUUUAUAUAUAUAUAUAUAUACUCUGUAUAUACAUAUAAAUAUAUGUAUAAGUUGUUUCCGUGCUUAUUAUUUCGUUAACCAGCCACUCUUUAUACCCUCCCGACAGCAUCAUCAUCAACAGGAACAGACAAUCGAUUGUCAAGUUUUUUCAGUGAGUCUCUAAGAUUCCAUUGGAGGAGCAAGGAGUAUUUACAGUGGAGUACAGAAGAAAGAUUUGAAAGAUAUUGCUAAACCAUCUGUAACAUACCUCACAGUUCUUAAAAACCGAGAUAUACUUUUAUACUUUUAAAGAAGAUAUUACUGUUCCUUCCACUAGUUUUGUGAAAUCUAGUAAAAAAAAAGUUGCAGCUUGUAAAUAUGACUUCAGUUAUUUACAUAACUUGUGUGUAACAGAACAGUGAAUUAGCUGCUUUCAAGCCACUACUUCAACCAGUGUAUUUUGGGGGGAUUGUGUCGUUUGUCAUAUAUAUAUAUAUAUAUAUAUAUAUAUUCCUUAUUAGUUUUUCUGUUUUAUCAGUGGAAUUUCUACAAUGUACUCCAUGCAAUCUGUUUACUCCAUGAGCGAGCAGUUUAGCUGUGAUUCAUGUGAGAAAACCUUCCAGCUAUAUGACCAACUUAAGGCUCACAAGAGAUCUAUGCAUGCUGGUAGUGGUGAACAUAAAUCUUUCAUAUGUGAAUUCUGCCACAAAGAAUUCAGCCAGAUUUCGUCCUUGCGUAACCACGAACGCACACACACAGGUGAGAAACCAUUCCAGUGCCUGACUUGCAGUAAGUCCUUCAGCCAAAGGGGCAACUUGAAACACCACGAACGAAUACACACUGGGGAGAAGCCGUUCACUUGCGAGAUGUGUGCAAAAGCUUUUAGCCAAGUGUCAAGUCUGCGCAACCAUGAGCGGACGCAUACAGGCGAAAAGCCUUUCACCUGUCCAACUUGUUCGAAAGAGUUUAGCCAGAAGGGAAAUCUGAAAAUACACGAACGAACACAUACUGGCGAAAAACCUUUCACUUGUUCCCUCUGUACCAAAUCUUUCAGCCAGAAAGGAAAUCUGAAAACACAUAUGCGCAACCAUGGAGAUAAAAAAGAAUUCAGCUGCUCCCUCUGUGGAAAAGUAUUCUCAUGUAAAUCAUUGCUGAAAUGCCAUGAAAAAGCACAUAAUGUGUCUGAGGCAGGUAGUAGUCAAGGAAUCGGCACAGCCAUGGGGCAAGAAGCAAUAGGGCUGGUCCCAAAUCCCACAACUGCCACUGAGGGCCCAGCAGGCUCCAUCGACCUUAGAAAGGACCUAUAUAACUAUCACAGCAACAACAGUAACAGCAACCAUAAUCAUCCACAGCACACAUCAGCCACCACAGGUGUACAAGCUCAGCAGCCACACCUGUCACAACAGCUGCGCAAUCAAACCAACUUUGGUGCUAACUCCAGUGGAUUUGAUCCUAGGGAUCACCUAGCAGCAUCACAGUUAGAUUUAACCACGGAUAAUCGGCACAAUCAGAACAACCGUGUCUAUGUGUAAGGAGCCAUACCCAACAAAGCUGCCAAAUAAACCAUCAUUUUAAUAAAAACGAACUCUCUUUGGA